GUGGGCCAAGCAGCCGCGCGCAAAGCCGCGGGAGUAAUCUGCGCUAUGGCUCGCGAGGGCGCGACUGCGGGACGGGCAGUGCUAAUUGCGGGGCCACCAGGUACAGGCAAGACUGCGCUGGCCAUGGCUAUGGCUCAGGGGCUGGGCAAAGACACACCCUUCACUAUGCUUUCUGCGAGUGAAGUGUUCUCCUUGGAGCUCAGUCGCACUGAGAGUCUGGUCCAGGCCUUUCGACGCAGUAUCG